GUCAAGGCCACUUUAAGGAUUGGUAGGGAAUCCCUUAAACUAGUUUUUGGGAAAUUCCUCAAUAAGUCCAGUUCCAGGCUCCAGAUUUCCUGGAAAAUGAAAACUAAAUGACCCGUUACAAGUGCACAUAACGGUUCCUUCUUGUUUAUGCAAUGCAGCCUCAUUUCUUCAAAGGAUUCACUACCUAGAACUAGGUAAAAGAAAGUUUUAUUGUCAUAAUAAAAAAAUGUGUACCGCAUAACUGCCAACUUGUUCCCAAUUUUUCGUGUUGGAUGAAAAAUUUUAUGGAAAGAACGUAUGGAGUCAAAUUCUUGAACCAACAUACAUACAGAAAAUCACGAUCAUGUUCCAUCAGACGAAUGGGUGUAAAUUACACUGUGUAAUGCGUCAUUUAGUUACAAUAAAAACGAAACAAUGAUGAAUUGAAGGAAACCAUUACUUUUAUUUAUAGCAAAUUCAUGGGCAAUUCACUUUACCAGCUCUGUUGCUCCGUCUUACGCAGAAAUCUAUCUUAUUUUCACACAUCUUUUAAAAACCUUUAAAAUGAAAAACUUUCAGAAACUGCACAAAAUCCUCCUUUUACUUUGUGUCGUACUUCUCGUCGCCAGUUUUGUUGAUAGUAAGCCAGCAAAAAAGAAAAAGCCUAAAGACGAGGACAAGCCAAAAGAGGAGACCGAUACCACCCCAUCUCCCGAAAGUGGUACCGAGGGUGGAAAUACUGCCCCCAGUAAAUCUUCAAAAGACGAAAUGGUGGAUUCUGCUACUUGCAAAGGGGUCAAAUGUCUUCAACCAAGUGCGGAUAAAAAGUGCAAAGCGUCAAAUGCAACGACUACCGCCGGGGGUCCGACCCCGACGGUUGCAUGCUGCCCAGUUUUCGUGUGUAAUGGCGAAAAUGGGGUCCAAUAUCAAUUCGCUGCAAGUUCUGGAGCAUUUCCAAACGGACCUCCAGGAUUUGGAUAUCCUGGUCCCGGAUAUCCAAACGGACCACCACAAGGACCGCCAGGCAUGCAAAACUACCAGUUCCAGCAGCAGAGUGCAUUCAUGACCGGCCCCGGAUCUCAAGCUCAACAAAAUGGUCAAGCAUAUUCCUCAUCAUUUUCAAACUCAUACUCGUAUGGAACUCCUCCAAACGCGAAUGGGAAUAAUAUGCAAAUUCCAAACUAUGGCAAAAAAUAAGUAAUGAAUGGUCACACAUUUUGUUGCUACUGCUAAAAAUGCUGUUAAGAAAUACGUGCAAUUUUAGAUAUUGUGUCACAAAUUUUAUAGGAGUUGAUAAGGAUAAGCUAUAAAUAAAUUUGAAUGCAUCAUCACGUAUAUGAACAAUUACUUAUUUAAGUAACUCUAAUUAAGCUUGCUGACCAUCAAAUCCACCAAUAAAUUCAACUCUUAAAUACUUAUACGGAUAUUGCCACGACUAACUCUAAAAUAAUUGAAUAAUUAAUCUAGUAAAAUAGAUCGUACUCUACAGAUAAAAAAUUUAAUCACUGAAUAAUUAACAGGGAAUAAAUCAACUUGUUAAUCAUGCAGCCAUACAAAAACUCAGCAUCAUCA